AUGUCCCAGUCUGGAAAAGUCCUUCAUCUGUAUGUGGAAGUGAGGUCUGCCCCAGAUCAGAAUGGAGGGAAAGGGACAUUUGGGGGAAAUGAAGAAGGGAUUGCUCAAGGGCGUGCACUUCAGGACAGUCCUGCAGAGCUCCUGUCUCAGCUGGCGACCCAGACGACCUGCCAGGCAGUCACCAAGUCCUCCGCGGCUCAUCGUCUGGUCCAGGACUGCACACACAGCCAAUCUCCAUCUCGAAACACCGUCAGCUUUCAGCUCCAGCAAGCCAGCAGCUCACCGACGGUCAGCAAACGUUGGAGUUUACCUUGUGAUGGAGCCUCUGCCAGCCACUCUUCUCCAGGAAAGGUCACCAUCCCUCACACGCCUCCCAACUGUCGGAGGCUAAACGAGGAGGAAGUCAGCAGCGGGAAGCGGUCAGUGGUCACCUUCAGUUAUGUUGAGAAGUCCAAUGUGCAGACCGUGGGCAGCCCACGCAACUCUGUGCACGAGAGAGGGACCAGAGAGGAAAGAUCCACCCCCUCCCACUUUCGGAAACGGCUCAGUGACCCAGUUUGGUUUGGGAGUCCUGAUUCAUCGUGCAGCUCCAGUCCCAAACUGACUUUCCGGUCACCAGGAAGUCACCAGCAGACGUUCUCUCCAGGCCUUCGCCAACCACCCUUGGACCCCAUCGGCAGGGCAGCUACCCAAAGGGCUGUGGAGGAGUUUGGCUCCCCUUUACUGAGGAUUAAACUGGCCCAUGCACUUGAGCACACCUCAUUCUCACGCUACAGUCAACAGCCACGCUGUCAGUCCUGGGCUGGGUCGCCUGUUCAGCGGCAAAACAUCAACGUAAACCCCAAAGACCACGUCACAGAUAGGAGCCAGGCUAUUUGUGGGCUGCCUCGCAGCCCGGCGUCAGACCAGCUGUCCUCCCAGUCCAGGCAGUCUCCUCGUGCGAGGCCUGGGUCCUGUGUGGAGCCCCAGAGCUUUCUUCACUGGGACCCCAGGCUAUUCCAAGCUGAGCUCCGAGCACCAGAUACCCCCACCCUGCACCGCCGCCAGACCCCACAGUACACCGGAGACUCAUGGUCCCCGAGCCUGGACAGGAGAGGAGACCUGAGCUGUUUUGAGAAAGGGGAUUGCACUGAGCUAGCUCGUAGGCUCUUUAUCAAUCAAAGUGUUGAGGAGGCGCCGGUCAGCUGGACCACCAGGCAGCUGUGGGGGAUUCAUGUGGAGAACAGCCCAAGGCCAAGCCCUGAGCCUGGAUUUGGGUCCAACAAUGACCGACCUCCUAAUCGUCAAUUAAGCCAACGUCGCAGGCCACUCAGCCCCACGGCUCAGCAGAAACGGGCCGAGCAGAGGAGGAGAGCGAUCCUACUUCUGGGACCAGUGGUGCUGGACUCCCCAGAGGAGGACGAGGGCUGUGAUGAAGAGGAAGGAGAAGGCAAUGAGGUGGAGGGAUAUAGGGCUGGGCAGCAGCCUCGCCUGCAGAGGAUUGAGGAGCCUCCAGAGGCAGAGCAGAACGGAGCGAUGGGAGGGUCGUCCUCGCGGAGCUCCAGUGGGGUGACGGGCAGCCUGGGGGACAGGGACUGUGUAUCCCCGGAGUCCAGCCAGUCCAGUCACCAGAGCAACGAGACAGGGGCUGCCACCUCAGGAAUACAGACGGAUAGCGCCUGUGCGGUGCCUGUGCCCUCGCUCCAUUGUCAGAGGAUCGCACGUGCCAAGUGGGAGUUUUUGUUCGGGACCCCUGCUGAGGAGGCUGCUAGCAGGGGGGAGAAAAACUCUCUGGAAAACUCCACAGCUCCUCCCAGUGGUAACUCCAGUGAGUCUCCCACCCCGACUCCCCCUACCUCCCUGCCUCUGCUUUCUGCCAAUCAUGAGGUGCAGCAUGUGGAGGUAGAGCUGGUGACCCCUCCCCCAGCCAUCAUCGGGACAUCACCCAAAACCGGGAUAAUUCGCCGGACGCUCAAGUAUUCAGAAACCGACCUGGACGCUGUCCCGCUGCGCUGCUACCGCGAGACGGACAUAGACGAGGUGCUACUGGCUGAGCAGGACGACGCCGACUCUGCAUUUGGGAGUAACCGAAGCGUGCAGGGCACCUCAGGGACAGGCAGCAGCCCUCUGGGGGGUCUGGCUUAUCGGAGGACAGAUGGGGAGGGGGUAGAGGAGAGAAGAGGUGGAAGGGAGGAGGAAGAGGAGGAAGAUGACGAGGAGGAAGAAGAGGAAGAGGAAGAAAUGGUGAGCUGGGCCAGUGUGCGGAUGCAAGGAGACAACAGGAAGCAGCAGUAUGCAGCUCAGGAGAAGCCGGAGGUGUUUGGACACCUUCUGAAGAGGCCAAUGGAAACGUUUUUCGACAACCACCACCCAGCCCUGAAAUCCCCCAUCUUGGUCUCUGGUCCUCGAUGUGCUGCAGAGGACACCUUCAGCCGCCACUUUGAGAGCAUCAUGGAGUCUCACCGAGCCAAGGGGACGUCAUACAACAGCCUGGACAGUGAGGAGCUGCUGACCUCGAGCACCCAAACAGUCCUGACCUUUGACCUGCCCACGCUAACCCCUGCCAUCCACGGGCUGGUCUGCCAUAGUGCCAGGCAGAUCGUGCAGCUCAGCUUUGCCCCGCUGGCACACGACGAGAGACCCAGUCUGUCCGAUUCUAUCUUUACCAUGACUGGGGACUCGGACGCCACCAGAGCCCCCUCCAGCGAGAGGCUGAGCAGCGGCUCAGAUGACACGCCGCCCAGAGGACGAGAGUGUGCACAGCUGGGGAGCAGCUGGUACAGCAACCCGUCCUUCUCUUUACCAAGAGGGAUGCGUUCCGGUUACGAGGCCAGGAGGAGAGGAGGGGGCAGCCGGGCGAGCAGUCUGAGGCGAGGUGGCGGUCAGGGGACACCAAUGAGGACGCCAUCUGUCUUCUGCUGUCAUGGUUCCUCUGCAGUGGGAGAGGAGAGGGAGAAGGCCCGCCUGGCGACAGAUUCGGAGCUGGACCAGGACCUCAGUGACAGGCUGGGUCUGGGCAGCAGCGACACCCUCACCAACGGCAGCCACCGUGCCGACAUGGCGGCCGCCAAACGCCUUGCCAAACGUCUCUUCAACUUGGACGGCUUCAGGAAGUCUGACGUCGCACGCCACCUCAGCAAGAAUAAUGACUUCAGCCGUAUGGUCGCAGAGGAGUAUCUGAGUUUCUUCAACUUUACAGGCCUCGCUCUUGACCAGGCAUUGCGGACCUUCCUCAGGCAGUUUGCCCUGAUGGGGGAGACUCAGGAGAGGGAGAGGGUGUUGUCACACUUUUCUAGGCGUUACCUGGACUGCAACCCCAAAGUCAUGCCAUCAGAGGAUGCAGUUCACACUCUCACCUGUGCCCUAAUGCUGCUGAACACUGAUCUACAUGGCCAGAACAUUGGCAAGAGGAUGUCGUGCACACAGUUCAUUGGCAACCUGGAGGGACUGAACAACGGCCAAGAUUUUCCCAAGGAUCUGCUUAAAGCUCUCUACAACUCCAUCAAGAAUCAGAAGCUUCAAUGGACACUUGACGAGGAAGAGCUGCGGAAGUCGUUCUCGGAGCUGGGGGACAGCCUGUGCGACUCCAACACCUCCAAGUCCAUGAAGAGGGUGGGCAGCAGCGGGAAGCCCCUGUCGGAGGAAGAGACGCAGCCGUCGGGAAUGCUGCUAUACAAGAACGGGUUCCUGGUUCGCAAAGUCCACGCCGACUCAGACGGCAAGAGAACACCAAGAGGGAAAAGAGGGUGGAAGACCUUCUACGUCAUCCUGAAAGGGUUAAUUCUCUACCUGCAAAAGGGGGAGUACAGGCCUGAUAAGCAGCUGUCUGACGAGGACCUGAAGAACGCCGUGUCCAUCCACCACUCUCUGGCCAUGAAGGCUUCAGACUACAGCAAGAGGCCCAACGUGUUUUACCUGCGCACCGCCGACUGGAGGGUCUAUCUCUUCCAGGCACCGAACGCGGAGCAGAUGCAGUCCUGGAUCACACGGAUCAACACAGUGGCCACCAUGUUCUCGGCUCCUCCUUUCCCAGCAGCCAUCGGCUCUCAGAAGAAGUUCAGCCGGCCGCUGCUGCCGGGGACGAUGUCAAAGCUGUCCGAGGAGGAGCAGGUCAGAUCCCAUGAAGCUCGAUUCAGAGCCAUCUCCACUGAGCUGGCCGAGCUGCGCUCUUAUCCUCCUGACCGCAAGGUCAAAGGUCGCGAGCUGGAAGAGUACCGCCAGCGAGACGAAUAUCUGGAGUUUGAGAAAACACGGUACGGGACUUACGUCAUGCUGCUGCGGGCUAAAAUCCGGAGCGGUGAGGAGGACCUGUCUGUGUUUGAGUCCCAGCUCCUGGAGGACAACGGGCUGCAGAGGGCUCACUCCAGCCCCACGCUGCAGGACAGCAGCCAGGCCAGCCAGGCCAGCAGCACCAGGGACGGCGCCAACAGCAGCAAAGCCAGCGGCUGCAGCAGCAAAGUCCGACAGGAAGGCCAGAGACACAGCUACCGACAGGCCGUCAAGAAGUGAGACAGGGCGGGGGCGCCGGGAGCGGCACGGCGUUGCACUGCCAGCGGCAGGCUGUCUCCCUGCAUAGGUUUUUAUUUGAGAUCCAGGAGCUCUGCUUGACGGGGGAGCUGGAGUGAGGGUCUGCUACCCCACGCCCUCCCCCAACCAUGACGCCCUACCCGGCACCCCAAUCUUCUCAUCUACCAGAGGAGGUGCAGAUCCUGUGACUGGCAGAGCGGCUGGGAAAAGACACCAGCGAGGAUGUUGGUGCAGGAGGUGGGAGGAACAGCUGGGGGGUCACAGAUCUGCAGAGGCCAGGUGUCUUUGACAGCUGGGUGCGGUGGCAGACUGAACUGUGCACUGAGAUAAAGGGGGUGCUCACAGAUUGAACAGGGCACCACACAGGGACCUACAUCCAGCAUCCUUUCCUUUUUCUCUCCCCUUUUGUUCUUUGGAGGCACCUCUCCGGCCGCGUUCUCCCACCUUUCUUCUCGACCUUUCACUCAGUUCUGGGACCAAACUUGUUUACACAUUUUAAAACAAACAUCACAUUUUAGACGAGUGAUGAUUUGAUUGCAGUUGAGCUGUUACCGCCUCUCUGAUUCAGAGAGCCGUAAUAGUCACUGGACCUGUCAAACAUCACCAGGUCUUUACGGAGCCAUUACAUUCCAGCUCCUCUUUUUUUGCCACAUCGCCACGGUGUGUUCACAUUCCAUUACAGGAGCGGGACGUUACAGCUUUUAGCUCCUGCUUGCACAUAUUUCACUGAAGGCGGUAUCAGCUACGGACAGUGCACAAACACGUGAUGAAGAAGUGUGAUGAAGAAGAGGGCGAGGCUGCAGCACACAACACGAUGAGAUGCUGCAGCUCGGCGCGGCUCGUCUCUCCUCUUUCCUCCAGUCGCUGACGUCCAGUUGGAGGGCGGCAGCAUCAGUAGAAGUCCACAGUACUCCUGAUCAAAAGAGGUCUUUUUCUUUUGUUUUUGUUUGUUUGGGUUUUUUUUUGUUGUUGUUUUUUUUGUUUUUUUGUUUUGCUCUACUUGAACCGGCGAUCUCUCCUCGAGUUGCUUUCGCUUCUGUCCCGUGAUGUGCUUCUGUUCUUUCUACUUCUUGGCCGAAUGUCGUUGUUUUCUCCAGUGAUCCGCAUGCCUGCAUCCAGCACAGCUUCUUUUAGGCCUUUUUACUACGUCGAAGGCGAAAACUGAGAGCAGCAAAGUUAUUCCUCUAAGGUCAUGUUUCGUCCUUCUCCUCAUGCCGGUGCCAUAUCCCAACACGUGUAACCUUUGUCUGUACUUAUAGCCUCUCUCAUUUCUAUAAACCCUAUUUUAACACUCACCAGGCAGACCCUGAAUGUUCUUGUUUUUCAAUAUUUUUACAGUAUUUUACAGUCGUUUGUUGAUGUUGAACCUACUCCUCCUCCUGUGUACGUCAAGUGUAUGAAGAAAUAUGAUAUUGAAACUGUAAAAGGAAAUAUGUUACCCAUACUCUUUGUAAACAUCCAGGAUAUGUUGUGUAUAUAUAUAACGCACCAUCUGCUGUACGCUUAUAUUGUAGGAUAUAUGAUAGUAUAUUUACAAUAUAUUCAACGCACUGUUGUGAAGACGCAUUAGGUACACGCAGAGUUGGCAUCUUGUAAGUCCCAAAAGCGCUACACGAUAAUCAUAUGUUUUUUUGUUUUUUUUUCUUAUAUGGUGGAAAUAAUUCAGCACAAUAUGAGUAUUAUAGUAAAGUCUAUGUACCUAUCAAAGAUUAGUAAGUGAUCAAAGGGGGUUUGUGACAAGAUUACGCCACAUGGAAGAGAAAAAAGUUAAAUGCUGCUGUGGAAAAUGGCCUGAUAGCAUGAUUGUUGUCAGAGAUGCAUGAAAAAAGGUGAAGUAUGUAAAAAAAAAAAAAAACAAAGGUAAAAGAAAGAAAGGCUGUGAGGACAGGUCUGGAAACAUAUAAUGUUAGGGAACGUAUGAUUUUGGUAGCCAUAUACACCUCAUAGCAUUAUAUGACGUAUAGCCAUUUUCUACUCAGGCUUUUAAGCGACACCUUUGAGCAGCUGCAGUGCCAGCGUCCGACCAGCAGGGAGAGCUGUUCAGCUUUCAGUUCCCUUCUUUCAGCCAUAAUCACACCUGCUGCACCUGCAGUGAAUAUGCAUGGCAUCACCCACUCACCUGAGGACGAGGGGG